GCGAUAGUUGGACUGCUUGUGUGUUUUCCACGUUCAGCCACCACCAUGAAGACGGAGUUCAAGUUCUCCAACCUCUUGGGCACCGUCUAUUGCAGAGGCAAUCUGCUAUUCACGCCUGACGGAACUUGCCUUCUUUCGCCCGUGGGCAACAGGGUCACAGUCUUUGAUCUGGUCAAUAAUAAAUCAUAUACUCUUCCAUUUGCGCAUCGGCGAAAUAUUACUCGCAUUGCCUUGACACCCCGCGGCAACCUGCUUCUGACGAUUGACGAAGAUGGUCGAGCAAUUCUGAGCAACUUCCAACGCCGGGUUGCACUGCAUCACUUUUCGUUCCGAGCUCCCGUAUCAGCUCUGGCCUUUGCUCCUUCAGGCCGUCAUUUCGCUGUUGGAGUAGAGCGCCAUGUCGAGGUCUGGCACACCCCUUCGACUCCCGACACCAAUGCCGAGGGCGAGCUGGAGUUUGCGCCUUUCGUCCGUCAUCGCGUCUACGCCGGACACUACGAUAAUGUUCAAAGCAUCGAAUGGUCCAGCGAUUCGAGGUUUUUCUUGAGUUCAUCAAAGGACUUGACAGCACGGAUAUGGAGCUUGGACCCAGAAGUAGGAUUUGAGCCGACAACAUUGGCAGGCCACAGAGAGGCAGUGCACGGGGCAUGGUUCUCCAAAGACCAGGAAACAAUAUGGACCAUCAGCCGAGACGGCGCCCUCUUCCAAUGGGCGUAUACGCGCAAGCCGGGAGCGCCGGAGCCGGAGGAGGAUGAAAUGGAAGACGAUGCAAAUAUGAACUGGAGAAUCACACAGAAGCACUAUUUUUUGCAAAAUAAUGCCAAGUUGACAUGCGCGGCAUUUCAUCCGGAAACCAACUUACUAGUUGCCGGCUUCUCGAACGGAAUAUUUACGCUCUAUGAGCUCCCAGAGUUCAACAUGAUCCACACCCUGAGCAUUUCUCAAAAUGACAUUGACUUUGUAACUCUCAACAAGACCGGAGAAUGGCUAGCAUUCGGUGCAUCGAAGCUCGGCCAGCUCCUCGUCUGGGAAUGGCAGUCAGAGUCUUACAUCCUUAAGCAACAGGGACACUUUGAUGCUAUGAACGCCAUUGCAUACUCCCCUGAUGGUCAACGUGUUAUCACCGCCGCCGAUGACGGAAAGAUCAAAGUCUGGGACGUCAACUCCGGUUUCUGUAUCGUCACCUUCACCGAGCACACCAGCGGCGUAACAGCCUGCGAAUUUGCCAAGCGUGGCAACAUCCUUUUCACAGCCAGUCUCGAUGGCUCUGUCCGCGCAUGGGACCUUAUUCGAUACCGCAACUUCCGAACCUUUACCGCGCCUACGCGACUCGCCUUCUCCUCGCUCGCCGUCGAUCCUAGUGGUGAAGUUGUCUGCGCAGGAUCUCUCGACGACUUCGACAUUCACGUCUGGUCCGUCCAAACCGGCCAACUGCUCGACCAACUCGCUGGCCACGAAGGUCCCGUAUCCAGCCUUGCCUUCACUGCCGACGGCGGCUCCCUCGUCAGCGGCAGCUGGGACCACACCGUUCGCGUAUGGAGCAUUUUCGGGCGGACUCAAACCAGCGAACCUCUAAUCCUCCAGGCCGACGUGCUCUGCGUCGCUGUCCGCCCCGACUCACUACAAGUCGCAGUGUCAACUCUCGACGGACAACUCACAUUCUGGUCCAUUGGCGAAGCCGUCCAGCAAGGCGGUGUCGACGGACGACGCGAUAUUUCCGGCGGCCGUAAAAUCUCCGACCGCCGCACCGCGGCCAACGCCGCCGGCACCAAGAGCUUCAACACCAUCGUCUACAGCGCCGACGGCUCCUGCGUCCUCGCCAGCGGCAACAGCAAAUACAUUUGUCUGUACUCUGUCACAACGGGCUCCUUACUCAAAAAGUACACCGUCUCCAUCAACCUCUCUCUCGACGGCACCCAGGAGUUUCUCAACAGCAAGCUUCUCGGCGAAGCCGGCCCUGCCGGCCUCAUCGACACUCAGGGCGAAGCGUCCGACCUCGAAGACCGCAUCGACCGCACCAUGCCCGGCGCCAACCGAGGCGAUCUCGCUGCGCGCAAACAACGGCCUGAAGUCCGCGUCCCCGCCGUUUCGUUCAGCCCCACAGGUCGCGCAUUCUGCGCGGCCUCGACUGAGGGCCUGCUCAUCUACUCUCUCGACACCACGACCCAGUUCGACCCUUUCGAUCUCGACAUCGACAUCACCCCUGCCACGACCCUCGCCACGCUGCACGAAGAGAAGAACUACCUCAAGGCCCUUGUCAUGGCGUUCCGCCUCAAUACCGCAGGCUUGAUUCAGCGCGUCUAUGAAGCCAUUCCCGUCGAUGACAUCCCCCAUGUUGUCGACGACUUGCCCACCACAUACUUGCCCCGUCUCCUCCGCUUUGUCGCCCACAAUACUGCCAAUUCACCACACCUGGAAUUCAAUCUCCUCUGGAACGCGGCCCUUCUUGGUCGCCGUGGACGAUGGCUCAAGGAUAAUGCGGCCAUGUGUGCGCCCGAAUUGCGUGUCGUGCAGAAGGCUAUUUCCUCGAUCCGGACAGAGUUGAUGAGAGUUGCCGAAGAAAACGUCUACACAAUCGACUAUCUCCUCGCUCAGCCCAAAGCUUCCGAUGUUUCAAACAAACUCGACCUGUUAACUUCGACUGCCCACGACGAUUCCAACGCCGCUAGCGUCGACGGCGAUGACGAUGAGAGCAUGGAAGAGGAAGACGGCUGGAUCGGACUGGAGGACUAAAUUUGUCUAGAAGACAAAAAUCCAUUAUCAGAAAUAUGGUUCAAAGGAAAUGUGGGGUGGAGUGGUAGAAUCAUAAAAGCAUCAUCAUUUCUUCGGGCGCUCAGAGGCGUUUAUUAGCAGUAGUCAUUUCUUCAUCCUUGGUUUCCUUUUCUUCCUCCCUUCCCUUCCCACUUGGCCAAUAUCGUAUUUCUUGGAAUUUGUGGGCUUUAUAUAUAUUUCUCCAUUUUCAUAUUUAUUUUCAUUUCCUUUUAUUUCAUUUCAUAUAUUAUACAUUUGUAAGACAACCGUAAGAGUUUAGGCCU